AUGACAUCCCCAUGUCCACCACAAAUCGACGCUUAUCGAGACCUAUCGCGCAUUUUUGGUAACAGGAAUGGCCGCGUGCUGGAAUUCGAGAUCCUUCCGCCGGCGUUCGGCCCUUUCCUCGAGGACGACUGCUCGGUCGGGGUGACGAAGAAAUACCUCGUUCAGGCAUUUGUGACUGCGCGAAAGGUGUUCUUUGAUGGGUUGAAGGAUUGUGCGUAUAACCGGGCUUUGUCAUUGCCAGAUUUACCUGGGCAGUGGGCUGUGAACGAUGAGUUGGAUAAAACGAUCGCGAUCGCUUCGGAGGUUAUCCUACUCUUCGACUGCGAGCACCUCACUGCUUGUAACUGGCGAAAGAGACGCUUGACAGCGUUGGCCAAUUCAAGCCAGGGGCAGUUCGUCCAAGCCCUGGACGCAGAACUCUCGCUGAUGACAGCGUACCUCUGCUCCCCGCUACACCGACACACCAAGUCGCCAACCCUCUGGCAGCACCGGCGCUGGGUCCAGACACACCUCAUCCACCUCCGGAAACCAGACUUCCAAGCCGCACAAGACCUGCUUGCGACCGAACUGUCUGCUGCUCUACGCGCCGGGGAGCGCCAUCCGCGGAACUACUACGCAUUCAGCUACAUGCGACAGAUCCACCGUGUAAUCUCGGACGCUGGCGGCGUCGAAACACAAGAUUGGAGUGCGCGAUUAGGGCAGGCUAUAAUAUCCACUAUGCUAGAAUGGUGUCUUGCCCAUCCGACUGAUAUAUCUGGUCUGAUGUUCCUGCUAUAUCUACUGGACGCCGUUCCAGACGCAAGUUUUCGCAUGGAUACCAUUGGCAAAGUCGCGCGGUUCGCGCUGGAUAUUGGAUGGGAAGGCGAGAGUCUCUGGACAUUCGUGGACCUGGCAGUCCGGAGGGUCAGAGUUGUUGCUUCUGUCGACGGCCUGCAGACAGAGCCUUGGAACAUUCUCCUCGUUUCCGGCUCGUCAGAUCAGCAUAACCACGACAGUCGUAAGACCAGGCCGCGCUGGAAAACAUGGCUCGAAAGAGCCCAAACCUAUUGGGCGCAUACGCAACAGAGCACCAACAAUCCACCACAAUUAACAUGA